AUGCACGUAACGUAUAUGCGAGCGUUUAUCGCUCUUUUCCUCUACCGGUAUUUUCGUCUGGUUGUGAAUCUGAUUUCAUUCUGGACCUUCAAGCCUAUACCUCCUCCCGAAAAUCCAAAAUUGACUGCGCAGGAUGUGACAGUCAUCCUUCCUACGCUGGACGGUUGUGGAGAGGAACUGGAGAGAACAAUUGAAACUAUUCUUACAAACCGUCCUUUUGAGCUCCUUCUCGUUACUAUUGAAGCGAAUAAACAAAAGGCCGAAGAGAUGCUAGACCGAAUGCCCGCUGCUAAAUCAAGAAUCCGCCUAUUCACCGUCAAACACCCUAAUAAGCGUCGACAAAUGACUAGAGCCAUCCCUGAGGUUCGAACAGCCAUUACAGUUUUCUCCGACGACGAUGUUAUUUGGCCGCCAAAGGUGCUCACCUGGAUGCUAGCCCCAUUUGAAAAAGACGAGCGCUACGGAGGCGUAGUAACCUGCCAACGACUCCGCCGUGCUGUUUCCCCAACUCUGUCGCAACGUGUCUGGGGGUUCCUUGGAGCCCUUUACUUGGAACGAAGGAACUUUGACUGCGCCGCCUGUACCCACAUCGACGGUGGACUCCCUUGUAUGUCUGGGCGGACCGUCGCUUAUAAAACCAGCAUCCUGCAGGAUGAUGCGUUCACAUAUGCUUUCACCAAUGAAGGGUGGUGGUUUGGCAAGUACCAGCUAAAUGCUGAUGAUGACAACUUCAUCACUCGUUGGAUGGUGUCACAUGGCUGGGAGACGUUUAUGCAGUACCAUCCCGAAGCCGAAGUCCAGACGACAUUGGAAGAUAACCCGGUAUUCUUGAAGCAAUGUGCACGAUGGUCCCGGAGUAACUGGAGAAGCAAUCUUACCAGCAUGUUUGAUGAAGGCCAUAUAUGUCGCCAACUCUGGAGCGCAUAUGCUGUUCAUAUGACAACACUAUCUCCCCCAGCUCUUCUUGGAGACUUGGGCCUUGUCUUCCUAUGCUACAAAGCCACUGCGUCCUGGGAUGAGUCUUCGCAUCUGCUCGCCAUGUCACUGCUUGGAGUCUGGAUGUUUGUCAGCAAAUUCAUCAAACUCCUCGGACAUUACAUUCGCUUUCCCAUCGACUGGGUCUUCCUUCCUGUGUCUAUCCUCUUUGGUUAUUUUCAUGGAGGCAUCAAGAUGUAUGCUGUGUUGACACUCAGUGUGACCACCUGGGGCAGCCGAGAGGGUGCUGACGACUUUGACGAAGAGCGGAUGAAGAAGCGCACAGACGCCGACCCCUUGAAGAAACCUUACUAUCCCAAGUUCAAAAUCAACGGAAGCGAAUUCCAUCACCGAUUAGUGCCCAGCGUAACCUCGGCCGAUAUACCCUAG